AUGAUCUCACGGAUGCUCGCCAGGGCGCCUCGCUCUCUGGCCAGAUUGCCGCAAAGAAGCUUUGCUUCUUCCAGCAUCGUCUCAAAAGACUUUGUACAGGAACUCUACCUCAAAGAGUUGAAGGCCUACAAGACCCCGACGCAGUCCAAGGAUGCGCAUGUUGGACACGUCAAGGAGUUCCACACGCCCUCUGCGCCGAAAGCGCCGACCAUUCCUUCCUCAGCCGAUCUUGCCAAAGAGCUCGAGGCCUACGCCAACGAGGUGCGCAUCCACAGUCUCUUCGAUCGUGAAGGCGGCUGA